AUGGGCUGCCGCGUCGUCGUCACAACAGUUCCGAUUUCUCCCACAACACCAUCAUCAAUUCUUGAGUGGCCCGCCCAUCAAUUGAUGCUUCAAAGAUGGGCUCUUCGGCGCCUCUGGCGCAGUCCGCGCCAAGCAAUAGCCAUUGGUAAACGAGGACCCAUUAGGUCGUUGCACGAUUUUCGUGGUUCCCGCCAUUCCAUCCAGCACAGCCUGCGGCAUCAUCUCUCGUGUCAAGGUCUCUUAGGGGCCCGAGCCUUAUUCACCGAAGCCAUUCCAUCAAUCUUGGUUCCACCCGCUAUUUUCGUUGGACUGCUUCUGGCGCUCUGGACGUGGAAAUGUUUCUGGAUCGUGGUUUUGCAGGACAAGCUGCUGUACCUCUCGUGGCUGCCGCCUCUUUCGCGCUCUGAAAGUAUAGCGGACUAUGCAGGCGAAUUUCGCGGUGUGCAGUGGACUGAGAAUAGUAUUCGCAGUUUGGACGGGACCAAGUUGGCGCUGUGUGAAGGCCGUUUUCCGACCAGGACUGCUAGAUCUUCGAAUGCGAGGAAGAAGUCAGUCGUCAUCUGCUACUUUCAAGGGAAUGGGGGCUCAACCCCCUUGCGCUUGCCGCUGCUUUCCCAGGUUAUGCGCACGAUUCAAGACUCUGCACAUUCGCCUGAUGUGGAGUAUAUCGUGGUUGCGUUGUCGUACCGCGGGUACUGGAAAUCCUCGGGGCGCGGGACGCAGCGUGGCAUCGAACUUGACGCUCAAGCAUUUCUAAAGUGGGUCUCCGAGACGUAUAAUACUCCAGACACCGACUUGGAGGUCGUCCUCUGGGGUCACAGUUUGGGCGCAGCUGUUGCUAGCACGGCUACCAUCACGCAGCUGUCCACCGCGACCGCAUCGCAUGAACCAGCAGGUCAAGAAAACCCCGUUCCUAUAUCAGGCCUGAUCCUCGAGGCUCCUAUCUCUAGCAUCAAGGAUAUGCUGGUCAGUCUUUAUCCGCAAAAAUGGCUGCCGUACCGGUAUCUCUGGCCGUUUUCCUGGAACAAUUGGGACGUGGCGGCAGCUCUGGAAAAGAUCGCCCAUCAUAGAGAGGAAGCUCUAGAGAACGCUAGACCGAUUCCUCCGAUUUUUAUCCUGUCCGCGGCAAACGAUGAGGUCAUUCCGCUGUGGGUGGCUGACCAGCUGGAAGAGAAGGCAAAGACUCUUGGACUCGAUGUGGAACGGAAAGACGUCAAAGGCGCGAUGCAUAUCGAGGGGCCGCUCAAGGUAGACGGUAGAAAGGCGCUGGUCAACUUUAUCUUCAAGGUUUCUUGUUGUAAAUAG